GAUUCAUCUUAAUGUUUUCGUUUGUUCAGGCAACGACAAAAUACGUGUAUGACUUGUUUGCUUCUCGAAAACCACAAAGCCACCAAAGGCUCAUCCAAAAAGCUUCGAGUUUCAAAGUAGGCCUAACUCCGUAAAUUAAUGUUUAACUAUCUUAAACUUGUCAAUAUUAGUUUUCGUUUUCAUUGGAACAUUUGUACAAACGAAACAAGCUAUUUUUAUAACCUUUUGGAUGACGAUGUAGCUAAUCUAUCCCAGUUUUAGGGAUUAAAUAUCCGUAUUCUACCAAUUAGGGGAUUUCUGGAAGUUUAAAAUCUUAUUUAUGUUCUCUAGUUAUUUAAUCAAGCAGUGGUAACUGCAGAUGGAUACGCUAUGUAUGUCCUCUGUUUUUCUACUUUUAUUUUUAAAUAAUACAGGCGGUCAGUAUUUUCUGAUAAGAGUACACUUGGGCCGUUCUGACGGAGUCCGACUGGGUGGGAGAGAGUGAGAGAGGAGGGUGAGAUCACGGAACAGCUCAGCCUUCACAGAGACGUUUUUCCUUUCCAGCAAGCGGCACUGUUUUCUGUUUUAUGUCCCUCUUUCGAGCUGCACUAAGAUCAGACUCGAAGCUUUUCCUAGGCUGAAAUUAACUAGAAUUCAUUGAAUCUGCGGAUUUCGUGACGUUACCUUACGUGCUCCUUCUCUUCUCCCGUGCGUUGCUGGGUUGUAUUCUCUCUCUUUCUCUCCAUUCCCAGUCCGUGUCGUCUUUAUAUACUCCGGAUACCGUUAACUCCGCUUUACAACCUGGAUUAGAAGGAACUUAAAGGGUCGUACUCUUUUUUUUCUUUUUUCUUUUUCUUUUUUUUUUUGGUUUGGAUUUAAAAAAAAAAACUAACUCUGGGAACUGAUCAAGCUUUUCACCCGGGAGCAUGGUAGUAUGACAAAAGGCUUUUUUUCCCGAGAUGUAAAAAAAAAUCAUAAUUGAUAACAAUUGCCUUCCCUCCCCAUUUCUGUGUAUGAUACGCUUGGCGUUGUAAAAACCCGUCUUAAUUUCGAGAGGGUGGAUAAUGGAUGAGUGAAGUCAGUGCGGUGUUAAAUAGAACUCCCUCCAUCUCCAUGGCGACCUGGAAAUCUCUCAUUCAGAACCAUGGAGAGUGCGCGCAGCGAGUAGCUCGAGGAAGGGAGUCGGUCCAGCGCCGAGGACAAAGCGGGAGAGAGUAACGUGCACGGUGAAGCUUAAAAACUGUUGUCAGCCCUGGAGACGAGCGGGGGCAAGGUUUGACACCGAGACUGCUCUUCUGCCAGACACAGCGGGGCUCAUAUCCUUCAAGAAGCCCCGAUGGAGCAGGAUGUGGAAAGCCCAAUCACCAUCAGACACCCCAAGCUGCCCAAGCAAGCCCGAGAGGACCUACCCAAACAGCUGGUCGAGAAAGAGAGAACAAGAAGGAAGAUCCAGCGAUACGUGCGCAAAGAUGGGAAGUGCAACGUGCAUCAUGGGAAUGUGAGGGAGACGUAUCGUUACCUGACAGACAUCUUCACCACACUGGUGGAUCUCAAGUGGAGGUUCAACCUCUUCAUCUUUGUCCUGGUCUACACAGUGACGUGGCUUUUCUUUGGCAUGAUCUGGUGGCUCAUAGCCUACAUCCGAGGAGAUCUGGACCACAUAGGGGACAACCAGUGGACACCGUGCGUCAAUAACCUGAAUGGCUUUGUCUCUGCCUUUCUGUUCUCAAUAGAGACAGAGACCACCAUCGGGUAUGGCUACAGAGUCAUCACAGACAAGUGUCCAGAGGGCAUCGUGCUGCUCCUGGUUCAGUCAGUGCUGGGGUCUAUCGUGAAUGCCUUCAUGGUGGGAUGCAUGUUUGUAAAGAUCUCCCAGCCCAAGAAGCGGGCGGAGACGCUGGUGUUCUCCACCAAUGCCGUCAUCUCCAUGCGGGAUGGCAGGCUGUGCCUCAUGUUCAGGGUGGGGGACCUCAGGAACUCACACAUUGUGGAGGCCUCCAUCAGGGCCAAACUGAUCAAAUCCAAGCAGACCAAGGAAGGGGAGUUCAUUCCCCUGAACCAGACGGACAUCAAUGUGGGCUACGACACCGGGGACGACCGGCUGUUCCUGGUGUCCCCCCUCAUCAUCUGCCAUGAGAUCAACCAGCAUAGCCCCUUCUGGGAGAUCUCCAAAGCCACCCUGGUGAAGGAGGAGCUGGAGAUCGUGGUCAUUCUGGAGGGGAUGGUGGAAGCAACAGGGAUGACGUGCCAAGCCAGGAGCUCCUACGUGACCGGUGAGAUUAAGUGGGGCUACCGCUUCACGCCCGUGCUGACCCUCGAGGACGGGUUCUACGAGGUGGACUACAACAGCUUCCACGAAAUCUACGAGACCAACACCCCCGCCUGCAGCGCGCGGGAGCUGGCCGAGAUGACGGCCCGGGCCCAGCUGCCUCUCACCUGGUCCGUGGCCAGCAAGCUGAACCAGCAGGCGGCGCUGGAGACCGAGAGGGAGAGCCAGGAGACCCGCGCCCGGGACGGUGGAGACCAGACCGAGCGGAAUGGUGACGUAGCCAACAUGGAGACCGAGUCGAAAGUGUAGGAGCGCUGGAAGAGGCGGGAACGUCUGUCCGCGGUGUCCUGACGCCACCUGAGAGCAGGGCUGCUCCGACUCAAGGGCAGAGGGUUUCAGUAGUCGCUAGCAGGCUCAAUACAAAGGAAUGGAAAAACCUGUAUCCUAGAGAGGCAAGAGCCAUUUCCUUCUUUACACGGCAAACGUCACCCCCGUGAACAACUAAAAGACGACAAUCCGUCAGACUUGAAGGCCCAGCAAUCGCAUGCAUUGAUAGCAAGGUUGUUUCUAGAACUUAAAAUAUAUAUAUAUAAUUUUUUAAAUUCAAAGGUCUAACCUAUAUAUAUAUACGUAUAUAAAUAUAUAUUGGGGCAUUUGCAUUUGUAUUUUUUUGUAUAUAUAUAUUUCAAUACUUGUUCUUAGCCAAUGACUGGGAGGAUGUGUUACUGAUACUUGAGUGUGUGGUACCUAGCUGUUUGAUUCCAAGUUGGAGAGGAAAGCUUCCUGUAAAUAUGCCUUAUGUAAUAUUUAAGCUUUCUUUACAUUAGAGUUUUUUAAAAGACAAGCAUGUACAAAACUACUGUAGUUAAACAAUUCUAUAAAAUGUACAUAUAAUGUAAGUAGUAUAUGCUAGAAAAGAAUUCUCUAAAGUAUUGGAUGCAAAAACUAUAGAUUAGACCAUUCUUCUGGGAUCUCUGCUCUAGCUGAAGCAGGAGUCUUUAGUAGUGUGUCUGACCCUGGCUGUGCAUGUCCUCUUUGUAUUCUCAUAUCCAGUCCAGACACUGUGUAUGUUUCUCAUUGUAUCUUUUAGGUUAGUAAUUAUGAUUAGUUGCUUUCUUGUCAUACAAUCAGUGCAAGGUGUUUUCAGUUAGAAAAAAUGCAACUAAAUUGUGACAUUAGCCACCCCCAUUUUAUUUUAUUACCUGAAGCAAGGCGUCAGGAGAAAUGUUACUGAGCUGACCCCCUCCAUACACACACUGUAAUGUGGUUUAUGUUUUUAAGCUAUGCCUUGCUUUCGCCAAAAUCCUGCACCCCUUUUGGAGCUUAAAAUUCCUAAGUCUCUCCCUGCCAUCCACGUCGUAGCUACUGAUUGGUGAAAGAAUGCUGGUCAUGCACCCAAGUAUGAGCCCUUUAAAUUCAAGUUUAUGCCUUUAACUUGCUCCACCUGCUGGUGUAGGAAGUUUUCUUUGGAGAGCACUUUGACUGCAAGACUUUGGAUGCACACAUGAUCACAGUAUUUCAACAUUCAAUAUUAAUAGGCAAAGGAAUGACGAGUCGUGAAAACCCAUGCAGAAUUUUGGAAAAACUGCAUGUUGGCAACAUGUUGGGAAUGUUUGUCAUUUCCUUUAAUGUACUGUACAGAAUGACAAUAAUUUACAUGAAAACAGUUAAUGGACUGCGCAGAGUUUUGCAGGAGGAGUUCUGUUAAUAGUGGCACAGAAUAUUGUUGUCUUUAGAUUACAGAAGGUGGAGACUGCCAUGUACUGUUUACCAAAAGGCUUAGUGAUGGAUGUAAUUUACCAGCAGGUGCAACUAAUGUCUUUCACUUAUCAAAGCUUGUAAUGUGACACUCCUCAAAUAGUGCUGUCAAACACUCAGACAUGUGGAACUCAAAAUUAUAGCGGAAUUGGCUAUGUUGUCAUCUAUUAUUAGCAAACCUUCAGCGGGAGAAAGUCACCAGCUCAUUCUUUUAUAAAUAUAUUGACAUGGGAUAGAGGCAGUUAUGGAAGGAAUGUAUAUAGAUAAUAAAUUUGCCAUUAAGCUUAUUUAUCUUUAUUUUCAAAUGAAAAUAUCAUUGAACAAUACCCAGUGGUCACUAUAGCACAAAGAACAACAUCCAGUGAUCACUGUAGUAUAGUGAUCACAAUAUCAAAUUUCUUGUUUUCUGCCCAUCCUACAAUGUGCAAAACCACAAAAUGAAGGUCAACCAAUACUAUAUAUCUUAUACAGGCUCAUUUGGUAUCUGAGCAGCUACUCCGUCAUGGUGAUUCCUAUGUCUCUAAGGCCGUUAUUAACUAGCAUGGAUCAUGGGAGUUGAUUAUCACUUGUCCCUACAAGAUUGCAUUGCCUGUGAAUGCAUUUCCUUAGUGAAAAGAACCAUUUUACACUGCUGGAUGGAUCAAGCUCAGCGUCUCAGUGCCCAUUGUCCUGCACAGAGACACUGAAAGUAGUCAUCCGGUCCAUGGUUCAUUUUCAUCAGGGGGAAUUCCUGUUUGGUUUGCUUGGAGUAAAUGAAGAUUCCCGUGUCAGUUCCAGACCACCCACAUAACACAACUGAAAAGUCCACUUUUUCUGCACAAAAAAAAACUCAUUUUACCAAGAGAAGCUGUCUUACCACAGACAUUUUUAGAAGAUAUUCAUUUUCUCAAAAUAUGUAUUUUACUCCACUGUCCUGUACGUUAUUAGAACAUUGAGAAAUGUUCAUCACAGGGCUCAUUGAAAUAUUUACUUUCAUACAGACCAUUCAUUUUUUGGGGGGGGUUUGAAUGUUGUCUUUCUCAAAGAAUCACGGCACCGAUACAUAAUUCCUUAAAUUAAAUUAAAACUGUCAUUUUGUGACCCAUUUUUCUGUUUGUGCUUUUCAAGUAAAAGCUGCAGUCCCAUCUCUUCCUUUAGGUUUAGAGCUCUGCUUUUUAUUACCAUGUACCCCACGGGCCCGGUUGAUUAUUUUCAUUAAAAACAGUGUGCAUUGCUGAAGAAUCUUUCUGGAUUGAAACCCUUUUCAUGUAUGCAUUAAAAUUGUUGUAAUGCAUACUCAUGUAUUGUAAAGUGUUUUUUUGUUUGUUUAAAUGGCAAUCUUACUGGUCCUGAGAAACUGAACCAGCAGUCCCUCUUCCUGGAGAAUACAGGACUCGGGGGGGACGCAAUUCUGCUCAAAGUUGAAUAUUUUCCUAGUCUCCAUCACAGCUCUUAACAGGUCAAAGGUAUUUUUUUUUCCCCAUUCACCCUCAUGCUUUCUUGAUGCAUUCAGUAACAUACUGUAGCAGACGGUUUUUUAAGCGUCGUUUAGAGUCUCAAUGCUGAAGGCUGCCCUCAAUUACAACAGGGUGACACGAUUGAGUGAUUAAACGGAAAAAAAUAAGGCGAGUAAACUAGAAAGGUAUGAUAAGAGUUCAAAUCAAAUUUGUUCCUUUAAGCUUUGUGUUCUGUCAUUUUGUUUUCUUCUUCUUGUCAGUUUAGGAGUUGAAAACUAACGAAACAAUACAGCACUUUGGGGCUGCUAUCAGCAGGCCAUCUUCUUGAUCCAGUGAGACCAUUCCUCUUCCUUUAGAGUUUAAUUCUCUGUCCUGCUACUCAAAAGGAAAUUGCUCAUUAUUUGGAUUGUUUUUUUUUUGUAUGACGAUUUUCAAUUCCCAGUUGAAAAUCGAGUUUUUAAUUCAGGAGAACUUCCAGUUUCUUGGUAGCUCCGUCUGUGGUUUCCUUUACGAUUGGAAGAUGGUACAGUACUGUAUCUUUCUGAAGAAGUAUAGUUAAGGGAUUUUUUUUUGCUUGUUCUGUGAAUCUGUCAUGAUCUUUUUACGUGUAAUUUUAAAUCGUGAGGUAAUACACGUCUUUGUCAUCUAUUUAAAUUUAUUUUGGACUUUGAGAAUGUAUAUUUAUCUGUACAAUUAUUACAGAAUAUUUGAUAUUUUGUAGCUACCCAUUGUUGGCUUUCAGUUCUCAAGUUUGUUCACACAUUUAUUUAACCCCAACAGAAAGCACCCUGUCACCAACAGAUUAAAUUUAGGAUUUUCAUGUUUUGAAUUUGGACACAAUGGGGCAUUAACAGUGAACCACAAUGUUUCUUUUAAUGUGAUUUUGAACAUAGUCUUAGUCAGCAACUGGAAAUAAAGGAAAAUUGUGGACUUUUUUGUAAUGAGAAAUGAAGUACUCAUUUUUAUUCCUGGUAUAGCCACAAAAUUGCAGGGAUCGUCAAAAUGUUUUAUUAAUAUUGUUCAGCUACUCCUUAUUCUUGAUAUUAGAAUUGUCAUCAGUAGGCGUUAACUCUUGCGUUGCUGGACUGUAGCUUAUGUAAACCUGUAAAACAGUAGUACUAAAAGCAAGAGAGGGUGCUUUAUGCAACAGUCCAUGUUUUUGUUGUUUUACCAUUUUUUUAUUUGGUAGGAUCAAAAUAUGUAUUUAUACACAGAGCCAGGAACCGCACAGUCUUGAGUAUUGAUGUGAAGUCACGUGAUCUGCUGGGUGGGUUGUGGGUAAGAGUCCUGCUAUGUUUUAAAUCACUGUUACUGAGAUUCUUGAAGUAGAAUAGCUACGACUUGACAGUUGCUUCUCCCGGUCAGAUGCAGGUUGGCAGAGCUCAAACACAACCUCCAGAAUCCAGGAGGAGCCGAACAAUGAGGUGCACUGGGAGAAUGAAGAUGCUGCUUUAAUGGAGUAAGAGAAGCAUCAACCCCCCCCCCAGCUUGUUAAAACACAUUAAUGGGCCUUUCCAACCUGAAGCAAAAUCAAGGGGGAAACUGUAAAACUGGUGGGCUAUGAAACUCUGUUUCAUCUUCACUGUAUUCCUGUGGGUCAUCGAAGGACUGCACCAAAUUCUCAGGGUUAUAUUCUAUUUUCGGUUUGUCUUAUAUCGCGAACUAGGAAUCGAGUCUCAAACUGUUGAAUGCAAAGAUUUCUGGAAGAGAGUGUACAUAUGUGGGUGAGGGGUUCUCGUUGUUGUAACCCUGACUUAAAAUUAUGCGCUUCUUACCUUCUGUUAAAAAAUGAUUUUGCAAAACUGCUGUGCGAAAUGAAGGUGAAUUGGAAGUCUACGCUAGAGGCUCGAGAGUUGCGGUUGAGCAGCAGACAGAUGUUCAGGCAGGUUCAGUGCGAGUUACCAUCGGUCUUGGGAGAGGGAUAUUUUCACUGCAUUGAGGCCAAAGUAAAUUUUGCUCAAGAUUUGGUUUUAAUCUGUAAGCCGACAUAGCACUACAAAACAAGUUUAGAUCCUCUCUCAAACCCUGCUGAACAAACCUUGCCGUUUGCCUCGCAUAAAUUACAGUGAGAUUUUUUUUCCCCAGUUUAAUUUAGCCGGAGUGGCAUUGCUUGCACUUGUAUUCCAUUCAUAUACAUUCUCGAGCCCCACUAAUUUUUUAAUCGGCAUUCCUCAAGUAGUUGGGGGUCUUGGAGUUUAGUCAGAUGCCAUUUUCCUACUUCCUAAUCAGAUGUAUUGGAAUAUUUUUGUAUUUUGUUUAAGCAAUAAUGCCCUUUGUUGGGUGGUGAACCAUUGGACAACCAGAACGAAUGGGGGAAUGUCAGCUACUAUCAAUCUAAUGAGAUUCCUAAUUAGUCCUGUGUUGCUUGUAUUACUAAGAACAGAUUUUAAUUACAGUUAAUCAUAAACUAAAAGCAAGUUGGAUAAUUGCUUAAUAUCAGAGCACUUUCACCGAAUUGCGUUUGUGGGUUUUUUUUUUAAUACCCUUAUUAUUAGGAACAGAAAAAAGCACAGUAACUGCAGCCCACAGUUGCUCAUAAUAACCACUGCUCUCAGCUUGCUUGAUUUAUAUUCAGAUUAUCCAAGAGGGAAUCUCCUCUAACCAGCAUGGCAAAUAAACCCGUCAGAACCCGUACUGUAUUCUUCCCUAACACAGGAUUAGGCUCAUUUAAAGAGCAGAGAUUUGUUCCAUGCUGAAAAGCAAAAAGAAAAAAAAACAUACCAUUGUGGCUGUGUAGCCUCUUCUUCAGAGCUUCUCAACACCCAGAGGAGUUCUCCACAGCUGAAACUUGUGAUUUUUUAAGAGUGGAAUUAACCUCUACCAUUUUCUUUGCAGAUUUCAUACUAGAACAGCUCCCUCCUCUAACCACUUAAGUCCCAGUCAGCUAGACAAGCAAGACAUGUGAGUUUUUCUGCUCAAUGAGCUGUGGGAAUAAAUGUACUUGAUGAAGGGUGGGGGGUUAUUUUGGAGAUCAGUGCAUGAUGAAGCUACAGAUUUCAUACUUUAAAGAGAUCAUCUUGACUGAUUGAACCAAAAGCAAGAUGGGUAGCAUGAUCACCAUCCAGGUGGGGCUGCACAUUGGUGGUGGUGGAGGGGAUCCCCAUUACCUGUAAAGCACUUUGAGUGGAGUGUCCAGAAAAGCACUAUAUAAGUGUAAGCAAUUAUUAUUAUUAUAAUCACCAAACAUGCCAGGGACUGCUUAUUAACCAAAAACAAAUCCUGUGUAUUUCGUGAAGUACAAAUGCAGCUGUUGUGGUAUCUUCAGUGCUGCAUGAGACUGCGCCUUGCUACCAGAGUGCAUAUAAUGUAAAAGAAAUCAGACUUCAUUUCUAUGACAGAUUUGGCAGUCCAGCAGUACCCACUUUGACAAGUCAAACAAUGACAUGUGAAAGUGCUAUGUUGACUGCAUUUAAAAUCUGGAUAGCAAUUCUAGAAGGACAGAGCUUUAUUUUGUAUGUCACACUAUUAAAAUGGUGAACACAAAACCAGACAUUUUCUUGGUUUUAUUUCCUUAUCAAAAUGUCUGUCUUUGAAGGUUCUAAGAAAUGUAUUACAGUUUGCCUGUGGGACAGAACAUUUUUCUUUAAGUACUGGCAGAAUAACAGUACCAGAUUUCCUUCAAAACACACAUCUGCCUUUUUAUUUGUUUGCUGAACUUGAAUGUUUUAUUUUAUUUCCUUUGAUGAAAGGCAGGCAUUUGGUCUCUUCUGCAUUAAUAUCUUCCUGACACCUGUGACAGGUUAAUAAAUUGGACAAUAUGCCUAUUACUUAAGUCUAACAUUAUAUGUGGAGAUUAUUAUAAGGCACAUCAUAGAUUCCAGAUACUUCAUUUGACUCCUGCCACAAAAUUCAACAUAUCCAAUGCAAUCAAAUCUGCUGUACAUUCCUCAUGAGAAAAAAAUCUGAUUUGAUACUAGUUUGCAAAAGAAUCCUGGAUAAGAAACAGUUUGACCAAAAAACGUUCAAAAUAUAUACUGUGUUAUACUGAAAUUUAUGCUGGAAAAAUUCAUUUUCAGGUAACAGUUUCUGUCUUUGAGAGCAAAUAUAUCGUGGUUUGUUUUUUUUGUUGUUUUUUUUGUGUGUUGUCCACUGGAAAGCCUGUAUCUGUCUGGAUGUUGUGAAACAAGCAGCAAUGAAAACUUUAGUUAAACACAUUGUCAUACUGUUAAACGUGACAUUAAAUAUUCGAGUUCUUUUGUCAUGGCAAAAAAACGACAGGCUGGAUGUUGGAGGUGUGGAAGUGUAUUCCAGGAAUGCUAGUCAUCUUGAGUUCUAUUUCCACAUGAAUUAAUCUGAGUAAAAUUGUGACUUUAUAAAGGCUACAGCAUAAGGGAAAAUGAGCGUGUAAAGACCCUCUAAAAAGAGACAAAAAGCUGAUAAACUGUCAUCCUGCUAUGAGAAACCGGGCCUGGUGAAGUAUGUAUUCGUUUUUCAUGCUGCAGGGAAAGUCCUUAUAGUAAAUGGCUUGAAUUGAAAAUGCUCUCUCCGGCCCUUUUCCAGAUGCAUGGAUAAACUAUAAGACACUUUAAAACACAAAGCUGGGGUUGCCUUUUUUUGUUAUAAAAUAUAUAUAUUUUGUACCGAUGAACUGAGAGAAAGGAAUUGGGAUGAAAUGUUUGAAAAAACAAACCUGUUCCCUCCCUCUUGUCCCACAGUGUUAACUUCACUUUUCUUAUACUAUUUACAAAGGAAAUGAGAUUCCCUCAAAAGAGGCUACACAGCAAUUGGGAAAUAAUCUGUUGAGCUAUAUCUAUGAUUUAUUAUGGACUGUGCGACUCUUCUUUUCCAGGUUGGAUUAUGUGUGAUUUUGCACUGAAAUCUGACAGCUGUGGGUUCUUCAGUAGAGCUGAUGUACAGCGAUCGCUACUGAGGUUUUAAGAUGUGCAGCAUUUCGCCGUUUAAACUCAGCUGGGAAAGAUACCGAUGAUCCCCUGUAGUUUAAUCUGCUGCUCCAUGUUGCACUGCUGCUCACCAGAAAACUGCCCAUAUCAUCUCUUCAAUAUUUCAAUGAGAAACCUCUCACAAGGGCAGCAGCAUAACCCAACAACGAAGUAAUUCAAUCCUGGGAUUUUCCAAACUUUAUUAUACUCUCUUGUGCUUCUAAUUGGGUGAAAUACCUAACUGUAAGAAAGAGGGAUGAAAAAUGAUGAGGAGAGCACUUCAGAUUUCAACAAGAACUCCAGAUGGCCACUUUAUUUAGUCAUACUCUCCAAAGAGUUUCAGUAGCAGUCCACGACACACAGUUAUCAAGAAUAUGCGCAAAUCUCUAACCUCCUUCCACCACACUGCCUGCUGUACGUGGUGCCUGUGUCCUAGUUCAGACCCAGGCUGAGGUCCGACAGCAGUGGGCUUUAGGGAGGGUCACGUGGUCGAGUCUGGGUCUGCGGCCGACUGGGACGGGAGGUUUCUCGGGCAGCGCCGUCCAAGUCGGCAAGGGCUCUCGUAACCCCCGGCAGCCACAGGUGUUACGAGCCGAGACGUGAAAAAACGCAAAUGCAAACUUCAAAUCGGGUGGGUUGAGCCACAAAUGUCGCUAAAUUUGCUUUCGGAAUGCACAAGCAGCAAACGACCGAUGAGUACAUUUAACAGCUAUUCAUCUUAAAGAUGAGGGAUGAGUAUGACGGGGAAAAAAAAAAAAACAGAAUUUUUCAGUAAUACAGUUUGAAGACCCGCAUUUUUAAACGCAUUACGAGUCCGUUCACAACCCCACUUCUCUCGCAUGUGAAGAAAGUUUUUUCCCCUCGGUUUAGCCUGUGGGACACCAGGAAGUACAGGGUUUGUCUUUUGUUUCCGUUUACGACCCUUUCAAGUUAUUUUGUCAAUGUUUCUGUGCACGAGCAAUGGAAUGAAAGCAUGUUUUGUACGAAAGCAGAAUAACUGUAUAGAAAAACUCAAACGAUUCCAGUGCCAAAUUUUUAAAUAAAUUGAUAUGUUUAAA